GGGCAAAAGCGUCAAGAAGUUUCACUCUGAAAGAGUACACCAAUUCUUUUCUUCGGUUUGUUUUGUAAUUUUGCAAGAAUCUUACUUUUGAUUUGGCAGAACCGCGACUGAACACCGUAGCUGUUUACAAUGGAGAAACUGUGGGGAUUGUGUCGCUAUGGAAGAUGAUUUAAGGAAAGAAGAAGAAGAAGGCUUUUCAUGCGAUGGCUCGCUAAGUUAGCGGUUGCUAGUCACCUGCUAAGCUAGUUCCAGUUAGCCGGCUAACACACGCUGAAAUGCUUAUAACUGGAUUACCAAGAUUUUCUUUCGGGUUUUGGACCAGUUAUAUACCGUAGAAUAUAUUAUUUGAAAUAUUAUUUGGAGGACAGAUGCAGUGGAUUGGCUUUUGUGCAGAAGAGACAAAACCCGUGACUGGCUUGUUUAGCUAGCUACAUUGGCUAGCUAUAUAGCUAGCUACCAGCUAUAUUUGUUUCAAAUGUUUUGCUUUGUUUUUACCGGGGACCGGUCACCUGGAAACAAACCUUUCAGAACCUUCAAUGCCUAAUCCGGAGAUUUCUCACGACGGUCGGGGUCGGAGCCCCUCGGCACAAAGGAACCGCAGACAUGAGAGGCGGGGUAAAGCUCCCGGGAGCUGCGGUGCUAGCGUUAACGCCGCCCGGCGAGAGAGACACCGGGACGGGAAGCGGCGCACGUCGGCGUCACGCCGCAAGAGGCGCAGGCACGGCAGGGAGCGCGAGGCGCGGCGCACUCCCGACAAACCCGACGGCUUCGGCAGAGACGGGAACGCUCACGGUCUGGCGGUGGAGUAUGACGACGUGAGCUCGCAGUCGGAACGUUUCUCGGGCAGUCCGUCACCCAGAGCGGAGCAGUGGGCCGACCUAGCUGAGCUUCGAGACGGCGACGUGACGCCGGCAAGAAAGUCGCGCAGAGAGCCCGCAGACUCCUCGGGAAGCCGCCAGGAGCUGAAAAGCAAAGAUGAAAAAUCGAGUCGGGAGAGGGACGCGCUGUCUAAGUCUCGGGAAAGAACGAGAAACCACGACAGCAACGGCAAGAAGUCAUCCGCGGAUAACAAACGCGAGGCCAAGCGGCACAAAAGCAGAACCAAGCCGGACAAGGAGCCUCCUUCUGCCUACCGAGACACGCCGCAAGCCUACCGGGACGAGCGCGACGAGCUUCGGGCCUACCGGAGAAGUCCUGGCUUUAAUAAAGCCGAGAGCCCGUACUCCUCCUCGUACCAGUACAGCUACCAGUCUCCCAGCUACAACCAGUUUUCGAGCUACACGAGCAAAAGGCUUUCACCGAGCUCGGCCUAUUACAGCCGGGACUCGGAGCAGUACAGCGGCUACACUGCGUCCAAGUCGCCGUCGAGCAAGCGAAAGCGCUCCCCGGGGAGCCCGUACGCCUGGCGCCGCUCCCCCAGUCCCUACGAAGGAUGGGAGCACACCUCCAGUCCGUACAGCCGAAAACGCUCCCGGAGCCCGUACAGGAAAUCAGUCAGCCCCAGUCCUGACCAGAGGCGUCCAGGGAAAUCACGCUCCCGCAGCCCGUACACAUCACGGCGCUCGCGCUCCCGUAGCCGUCACCGUCACUCACGUUCACGCUCACGGCCCUCCAGCCUCUCGCCCAGCACCCUCACGUUCAAGAGCAGCCUGGCCGCCGAGCUCAGCAAGCAGAAGAAGGCCAAGGCGGCCGAAGCUGCACGUGCCAAGAGUUCCAGCAACGCAUCGACACCAACCAAGGGCUCAUCUUCCUCUUCCACUGCACCCCAGCCUAGCCCUGUAAUCAACCACAUAGCGAAGAAAACACGGCCCCCGUCUCCUCCUCCUCCUGCAUCUGAGAAAGGUCCCAGAAGCCCGACGCCAAGCCAGCCACAAUCCCCCGUCGACAAGACCACCAAGAGCACCUCAGAGGUGCCACAAUCUAACAGAGAGAGCAAUGUAAAAGAGGAAAAAAGGAAAGGACAAGCUGCUCAAGCAAAGGAGAAGGAGAAAAUUAUCGCACCGGUGUCCUCGCUGUCCACUCUGCCUCUGCCCAACCUUAUCGACCACAUAGACGGAACUGAUAGCUUGAAGAACUCUAUACUCUCAGGGAAGAAGAAACCAGAAAAGAAAACCCGUCACCUCUUGUCUGACCUCCCACUCCCUCCCGAAAUCCCUGGCAGUACGCUCGGCUCACCUCAAAGCCCACCAGAAGAGAAGAAGGCUGCCAUGUUAAAAAGAAGACCAAAAAUAUGUGGCCCACGCUUUGGAGAGAUUAAAGAGACUGAGAUCGAUUGGGGAAAGCGGUGUGUGGACAAGUUUGAAAUCAUUGGGAUCACUGGAGAAGGUACCUAUGGACAAGUGUACAAAGCCAAGGAUAAAGACACAGCUGAGAUGGUGGCUCUCAAGAAAGUGCGCUUAGACAAUGAGAAAGAGGGCUUUCCCAUCACAGCUAUCAGGGAGAUCAAGAUCCUACGGCAGCUCAACCACAAGAGCAUCAUCAACAUGAAGGAGAUUGUCACAGAUAAAGAGGAUGCUCUGGACUUCAAAAAUGAUAAAGGGGCGUUUUACUUGGUGUUUGAGUAUAUGGACCAUGACUUGAUGGGGCUUUUGGAGUCUGGCCUAGUCCAUUUCAACGAGAGUCACAUCAAAUCCUUCAUGCGGCAGUUGCUGGAGGGUCUGGACUACUGCCACAAGAAGAACUUUCUGCACCGGGACAUAAAGUGCUCCAACAUUCUGCUCAAUAACAAGGGCCAGAUAAAGCUGGCAGAUUUUGGUUUGGCUCGACUCUACAACUCUGAGGAAAGCCGGCCAUACACCAAUAAGGUGAUCACUCUGUGGUACCGUCCACCUGAGCUUCUGCUCGGGGAAGAGCGGUACACACCUGCCAUUGAUGUGUGGAGCUGCGGGUGCAUUCUGGGUGAACUCUUCACCAAAAAACCUAUUUUCCAAGCCAACCAAGAGCUGGCACAGUUAGAGCUGAUUAGCCGUAUCUGUGGCAGCCCUUGUCCCGCUGUGUGGCCCGACGUCAUCAAACUGCCGUACUUCAACACCAUGAAACCAAAGAAACAGUACAGACGCAGGCUUCGUGAAGAGUUUGCUUUUAUUCCUCUGACAGCCCUGGACCUGUUUGAUCACAUGCUGGCUCUGGACCCCAGUAAACGCUGUACUGCAGAACAGGCGCUCAGCAGCGACUUCCUCCGAGACGUCGACCCAGCUAAGAUGCCUCCACCAGAUCUCCCUCUGUGGCAGGAUUGUCACGAGCUGUGGAGUAAAAAACGCCGGAGGCAGAAACAGAUGCCAGAAGAGCUAGCCGCUCCAAAAGUUCCACGAAAAGAGCUGGGACUGGACGACAGCCGCAGUAACACGCCUCAGGGGUUCCCUUCUGCGGGAGGACUCAAAGGGUCGGGUACCACUGCUGCUGCCAUGCUGGACACCAAAGGUCCUAACUCUCAGCUGACCCAGGAGCAGCUGGCUGUGCUUUUGAACUUGCUCCAGUCGAAGAGUGUCCCAGCGGGUUCUGCGCAGCUCUUACAGGCCAUGGGCUUUAAGAUGAACCCAGAAACCCUGCAGCACCUCACCAAGGCCCUUCUCCCAGGAGCAACUGAGUCGGAGAGGCCACCAGAGCCUCCAGGCCAGUCUCAGUCUAAAGCCCCUAAACCCCCACUCUCUGCCCCUCGAACUCCACCCCUGCCCAAGCCUUCAUCACCUCCCACUCCGCAGCAGCAGCAGCAGCAGCAGCAACAACAACAACAACAACAACAACAACAGCAGGGCAAACAACAUGACGGCGAAGUCUCUGCGACAGCCACGCAAACAGCAGUCACCAUGCUGCUCGCUCAAUUUCUUAAGGUCCAGCAGAGUACGGAUGCCCUCGCCACGGAGGGAGCCGAAUCAACCAUUUCUACCACAGCAGGGGCGUCAGCUCCUGCACCUCUUCCUCCAACAGAGGUUAAACCACCGGAGCCUAGCCCCGUUUCGCCAGCGGGGACUGAGGGGAGCGGAUCGUCCUCCAGAGCUCCUGAGCCACUCUCCAUCCUGCCUCCAGAUCAGAGGCCCCCGGAGCCCCCAGAACCCCCUCCAUGUGCCGACCUGGACUACCGGCAAGCCCCUGACAGCCAGCCUCUCCUCUCCUCUUCUUCUUCUGCAGUGCUAGGCGAAGCAGCACGGCCACCCGAGCCCGAUUAUCCUCCUCCUCCACCACCACCACCAAGAAGCCACUUACCCCCUCCACCCUUUCCCCCAACAGGCUUCGGAGAAAGCUACCUCAGCCACAUGAUGGGGGGAGGUGGUGGAGGAAUACUCCCUCACGCACAUGCUCACGCCACAUCAUCUGCUCCAGUGCCCUUUCCUCAUGGCGCAGCACCCGGUAGCAGUACCAGUGGAGCUCCUACAGGAGGAGGUGGAGGUAGCAGCAGCAUGGUGUUUAGCGGAGACAAGGACCAUCGCUUUGAAUACAAUCACAGUCCCAUACCCAUGGAUGGCACCUCCCACCCCUCUAGCCUUCAUCUGUACAACCCUGCUUUUGGUCAGAAGGAUGGAGGAGCGCCACCCCCUUCUAUUCCACCGCCUCCUCCAGGCCAAGUGUGGGGCUCUCCAUCCCAGUCUGGGGCGCCACCGCUUCCUCUCGGGUACGUCCCCCAUUUGAACACCGCAGCACUAAGGGGGAGGGGUCUCCCGUAUUGAUUUACUCUUAAAGACGGGAGGUGACAGACUCACACCUUCGGAAAAAGGUCGACUGUAAAAGACACAAGCAGUUGCCAUCGAUCAAGCCAGCACUGAGUGCACUACAGAGGCAUACUUGAUUUGUAAUAAUUCUAAUUAUGGAUGCAGGCAGGCAUUUCAGUAGAGUAUUUGUGGCUUGAGCUACAGCUAGAGGGGUGUGAGAUAAGAGGGAUCACUUUUUCCUUCUCCCCCCUUUUUUUCCUAUUAGUUACAUCCCCUCUUUAUGAUUUGAUAUAAUCUAUCAAACUGCUGUCUUUUUAAAUAAAAAUUGACAUUUUUUGAGUGUGCAUUUACCAGCCUGGGUAAGUGUUUUUAUUAUCUGUACCUUAGUGGCGCCUUUAAUUGCAUAAGGACAGACUAGUAUUAUGUUUUGCACUACUGAGUAAAGUAGGUGGAAACAACUAAAAAUAUGAAAUGAUUGAUGUGCUGUAUCUGCACAGGAUGAAAUGACCAGUAAUGUAGUAGUUUUUUUUUUUUUUUCUCUUUUCUUUCCCUUAACUACUUAAGAUCGGUGGGCUCGGUCCAUUUUUCACUGGAGGAGCUUUUUAAAAAAGCAUUUGGCUCCAGCGAGAUUGGCAGCACUUGGGUGACUAGGCUCCUUUAAAUUGGUAGAUAUCUACUGAACAACUGAAUGAAACAAAGCUGUAUUUUCUCACCAGUUCCACCAGCCAUUGUCUACAGCCAUUGUAAAAUGGGGCGGGGGGGUUAGGGAGGACCAGUUUAAUCCAAUUUCAAAAAAAAAAAAGGAGAGGAGUGGCAAUGUGUUUUUUACUAUGUUUUUUUGUUCUUUUGGCAAAUGUUUAUUAAAGAAAUGCCAGCAAUGUA